CUGUAUACACAAUUUAUGACAAUUGCAAAAUGGUUUUGCACCUUGGAGAAGAGCAUGUCCAGAGUAUAUUUAUUUCUAAGAUGUGCUAUUUGAUUCUAACCCUGAAGUCAUACGUUUUUGUAACUGCAAAAAGAAUAUUUUACCAGACGAUGAAAUGUAAUUGUAGGUUUCUUAACGUGCCACUGCAUUGGUUGAUAAAAAUGAAAACACAUUUUGGCCGCCAUUUGUCUUUCAUUAUGAAUUUGCUUGGCUGGUGAAUGAUUGCAUUCUCUUCUGAUAUAGUCAUUUACAUUACAUUUAAUAAUUUAGCAGACGCUUUAUGAAUACAACAAGUGAUUUAUCUUAAGUAGGCUGUAAUAAUGAGAAAUGCCAGGUAUACAAAGUUUCAGUCACAAAGUUCAGAUGGUAUAAACCAGUACACAGAGAAUUCAUUACAAGAGUGAUCUAGGCAGAAGGGUGUUUUUUGUAAGAUAUUCAGAACUAUCUUUUUAAUGGAAAAGAUAAGGAGAAGCUGUUUGUCACGUAUUAUUACACAUCAGCUAUGUUGCUUAAAAAGCACGGUGCUGAGUUUGGAAAAAAGCUUGUUUUGAGAACAUAGACUUGCAUCAUUUUGUUCAUGGUCAAGCAUUAUUACAGAUUAAGUCAAUCCGAAAGAACGUGUCAUUUAAAAAUAAUUUCAAUGGUAUAUAAUUGAAAAGAAAUAAAUAGCUGCUGCAAAAUUUGGGAAAUUGUGUUAAAAUCAGUUCUGGCGCAGGUUUCGAAUCUUUAAAAGAACAGAACAAGACAGCAGAUGCUUGAGCAGACUCUUAAAUUAAUUUUAUACUGGUAUUUCAUUGAUUUUGAUUAAACUCCUAAAUAUAAUAUUCUUUCCGUUUUUAUUGAUGCUUUAUUAAUUUGUUCAAAGGAGUUUUGAGUUAUAUUUGCUAUCAUACUUAAAUAAUCUUUUGAUUGAAUCAUUUAUUAACAAUUUCACAGCUUCAUUCAUAGGUUAGUAUGUGACUAGACCAAAAUCUAGACAUCCUUUAUUUUUGUAACUGGAUGACACAUGACCACAGCAACAGUUUGGGGCAAUGUUGAUUUUCCAAGAGCAGUCAGAUUUCCCCGUUUUUUCCCCCGGUUUGUAUUAUUUAUCUGUACAUCUUUAUAUGUCACUAUAAAAACAAGUACAAGAAAAAAGUCUGUUUAGAUAAAGUCUAAAUGCACAAAUGAUUUCUAUAAUAAAUAAAACAUAUUUUUUGAUCUUGCUUAUCUUUGUCUGUUAGUCUGUAUAUGCCUGAAGAGGAAGUCAUUGUUACUGGUUCCUGUUAAUCAUGUGACUCGGAGAGAGAGUUUAAAUUGUCUGCCAUCGUUUGCUCUGUCACACUGAUCAUUACAGUCAUGUUUGUGGAGCUCAGAGUGUUGCCUUAGAUACUCUUUAUGACACUAAAUGUUCACCCAACACAUGCCGGAAAAUUGGCAGCACCCCAGAAUGUGAAGAUAACUUCCGUCAACAUGGGUGCAGUUGUAGAGUGGAUCUAUCUGCACAAUUCUAUGGAUAAUGUAACAUACACUACAAGAUAUAGCUUGGGGAAAGAUACAACUUACAUCUGUAACAACUCUAAAGAACUGAAAUGUGAUGCGGGACAGUUGCCAACUGUAUUCGGGAGGUACAUUUUCCAGGUGCGAGCAGAGCAUCAGGGACGGUUCUCUAAGUGGGUUAAUGCAGAUGUGUUCACACCUGACACGCAAACUAUCAUAGGACCCCCUACUGUACAUCUUGUCAUCAAAAGCAAUAUUUUGGAAGUGCACGUCCAAGACCCGGUGCUGAAAGUGGGCAGACUCAGGAAAGUUUACAGGGAAGUGUCUUAUGUCAUCAAAUAUUGGAUCGAUGGCUUUGAGGAAUCGGUGAGAGAGAAAACGAUUAAUAACGAAGACAAGGAGGAAGACGUGACGAUGAAAAUAAAAGAAUUAAGCUCGUGGAGCAGAUACUGCGCUGAGGUGCGAAUGCUUCUCAAAGGCAAAAGAAACGAGACCCCGUUCAGUCCGGCUGUUUGUGUGCUCAACGUUCCUGUUCUGACCAGUUGCGUCAUCGCUGCAGCUGUCCUCCUUCCUCUGGUGCUCCUGUUCUCCUGGUUGAUAUAUAAAGUGAAAGAGUUUCUGUAUCCUGAAACCGAACUACCUGAUCGUUUUAGCAAGUUUGAAGCAAUACAGCUUACAUCAAACCAAAAAGAACAGCUGGAUAAAAUAAGUGCCAUAUCUGAGGACCACUUUCAUGAAGGGAUCGCUGUGAAAGCCGUGAACCCGGAGGACACGUGCUGUCUAGCCCCAAUUCAAGAAGUGGAGUAUGACUACAAACACCUGAUGCAAACAAAACCCGCACCUACUUUCUACCCGAACCAUCUCUACCCAGUAUGCUUAAAGAACAAGUUUGUCGCUCAUUUAAAUCAACCUGGCUUUGGAAGUUCCAUUGGCAUUCAGUCUUACUACUACAAUUUAGCUGAUUCCAACUUUGAUAUGAAACAUACAAAUGUUUGCUGAGGUAGACAAGCUAAUAUUUGAUGAUGUUUUGUUUACAGCGAAUAUUCCACAUUAUUGUGUUUGUUCUAUUAUACCUGGUGCAAUAUGUUUUUACAUACUUAUCUUCUAUAUGACUGUAAAUAAGUGUAAAGCUGUUUACUGAAUGGAUGACUGAAUUGACUGAUUGUUAUUGUAAAUAAUGUGUAUAACAGUAAAUUAUAUUU